AAUAAGAUGAUAACAUCAUGCGAUAACAUGAUAUACGAUAAAAAUACUUCAGGUAAUUCUUAUUUUUAAGAGACACGCAAAAUAUUUUUUCAACAGUCGACGCUGAUAAGUUUGUAGAAGCAGAUUAAUCGCGGUGUGCUUCGUCGAAAAAGUAGACCGUGAUGGACUUCGUACUUCUCUCCUUAUUUCUCGGAGGGCUCGUCAUAGCGUAUUACUUUUAUUUAACCAGAAAUUAUAGUUACUGGCACAAUCAAGGCAUACCAUGUGCGAAGGGCCUUCUUCCCGGGCUCGGGCAUAUGUGGCCGGUGAUGUUUUUGAAGAUGAGUCUGGCCGAUUUCGGCCGACAGAUCUACGAGAGACAUCCAGAACAUAGCAUGGUCGGUUUUUACGACAAAACGGAUCCCGCACUGGUGAUACGUGACCCAGAACUGGUUAAAACGGUGAUGCAGUCGAAUUUCGCCAGUUUCUCCGACAAUCUAUUGAAAGUGGACCCUGAUCUCGAUCCUCUCUUUGUAGUGAAUCCCUUCUUCGCUUCCGGUGAAAUGUGGCUCAUGUUCCGGAAGCGUCUGACUCACGCGUUUACCGGGAAACGCAUAAGGAUGCUGUACAGUUGUGUCGAACAAGUUUGCAGGAAGUUCGACGACUACCUGGAAAGAAAGUUUGAGCUGAGCGCAAACAACGGUGUGAUGGAGCUUGAGAUGAGGGAUCUGUUCUCCAAGUAUACUGGUGAGGUAGUUGCCAAUGCAAGCCUUGGUAUUGAAGGUUUCUGCUUCGACGACGAACGUCACUCGGCGUCGUUUGUCAUGAUGGGCAAACUGGUGUUCGAUCCAACGCCUCUCGGUAAGAUCGUGCAAACUUUGAACUUCUUCCUGCCCGAGCUUAAUAAUAUCUUGCGGAUGCCGUUCGUGCCCAAGCACGUGGACCAUUUCUUCCGCAGCACCGUGAAAGAGGUGCUGCGCAUCAGACGCCAGAAGAUCGAGCAUAGAAACGACUUCUUACAGUUGAUGGUGGACCUGGAGAAGACCGAGGGCGAGCAGAUCGAUGAAGGUCUCCUCACCGCCCACGCUUUCUCCUUUUUCGCGGACGGUUAUGAUACGUCCAGUGUUACCUUGAGCUUCGUCGCUUAUCAGCUUGCCCAACAUCCACUCAUACAGCAGCGGCUUCGCGACGAAGUGGAGACAGUGCUCGCCAGGUACGAUGGCCAAUUGACCUAUGAGUCGUUGAAAGAGUUGACGUAUAUGGAUCAGGUGAUCAGCGAGUCUCAGAGACAUUACACCUCGGGAGGUGCUAUGGGUAAAGUCUGCACCGAAGAGUUCGAGCUGAAGGGUUCGGAUGGGCUGCGCUGUCGUGUAAAACCGGGAACGAAAAUAAUCAUCUCUGUCUUCGGAUUACACAAAGAUCCGAAAUACUGGCCCGACGCAGAUGUCUACGAUCCUGAGCGAUUUGCCGCGAAUAGAAGGGCGGAGAUCAAAAAAUUCACUUUCUUACCGUUCGGCGAAGGUCCGAGGGCCUGCGUGGGCAUGAGAAUGGCAUUGUUGCAGGUGAAAGCUUGUUUGGCGACUUUCAUAAGAAAAUAUACCUUAAAAAUAUCGCCGAAGACCCAAGAACCCUUGAGGAUGCAGCCUGGCAGUUUCCUGACGGCGCCUAUCGGCGGGAUAUGGACUUAUGUUACACGUGUCUGAUACUUCGUAGUAAAAAUUACUGGAAAAACUUCUUACACCGAAAGAAAAAACUACAAACAUUAAAAAGGAAUGUUAGAUUCAUGAAAAUCUUAUUUUUUAUAAAAAUUCUAUUUAAUUAACAUGACGGAAAUGUUAAUAUAAUAUGAAGAAACGACAUCGUUUGUAAAAAUUGUAAGAUUGACUUAAUUAUUUAUUUCCAAAUAGUUAAAUUUGUGAAAGUCAUAAUCAUGUUACGUUGAUAAUUUUAAAAUUGUCACGCAGAUAGUAAUCGUAAGAACGACACUCUUAUUAAACAGAAGACGCAUCAAAACCUAUAAAAUAAAUAAUUUAAUUUACACAUAUAUACAUAUACACGCGCACGCAUACACGCUCACGCACGCACGCAACAUUUAUGUGUGAAAUAUAUAUACAGAAUAUUAAAAAAUUAUUGCCUACUUCUAUAAUAUUGAAUAGCUUAUUCAAUAUAGUUUUACAGUGAAGCCUAUGUAGAACUGAAAAUUUCGAGAUAAAAAUGUUGAAAUUACUAUAGUUACUAAGUAAUAGGUGACGGAAGCUGUCCAAUGAUAUCGCAUUUCUUUCACGAACUCAUACAUUAACACUUUGAAGCCUUGGCCUUAAAGAUAAUUUAUUAAUGGGAUCAAUUUUGAUGUCUAUUAAAAAAUGUUCAUUGUUGAUGUAUGUUGCUGUAACUUAGUAACCGAUAUAUCAAUUUUAAGUGUGAAAAAACACUUUAAAAGCAGCAGAAAAGUAUUGCAUGGCAGUUGUCGUCUGCGCACUACCCCGACCUAAACUCGGGUUUAGGACAAAGAGUGUUAAAUAUGUGUGUUUGCAAAAUUACAAACUAAUUUGUUACUUUUUAUUAAACUUUCACAACUAAGCUCAUAUCAAUAAAUAAGACUUAUUAAUAACUAUGAACCUCGUGAAAAUCUUUGUUUCCGAAUUUUUUGUUUGUCCAAAUUUUGUUAAUUAAGACGUACAAUCCUUUUAUUACAAAAAAAUAAGUUUCUAGACAUAUGAUAAUUCUUACAAAAAAAUAUUUUUGGCUGUAAUAAGUUGCCAGCGAUAAUUUUUGCCAGUGAUACAUUACUAACCACACAACACUAAGUCGACUGUUAAUUAACUGUAAGUUAACGUGUAAGUUGUCAGAAGUCUAAAAUUGACUUUAAAAUCAGACUAAAUGUCAAUUUAUAGUUAAUUAAUAGUC